GUAUGGGAAGGUCGAUGGAACCAUUCAACGCCGGUUGCUGUGAAAAUGCUCAAAAGUGGUACAACGGAUCCGAAUGAUUUUUUAUCAGAGGCACAAAUUAUGAAAAAAUUGAGGCAUCCGAAAUUAUUGCAAUUGUAUGCGGUAUGCACCAAGGACGAGCCAAUUUUGAUUAUCACUGAAUUGAUGGAUCAAAAUUUAUUGCAUUUCCUUCAGGGUCGAGGAAGAAAUUGUCCAAUGGCUCAAUUAGUUGAUAUUGCUGCGCAAAUAGCAUCAGGAAUGAGUUAUUUAGAAGAGAAAAACUUCAUCCAUCGUGAUUUAGCUGCUCGUAAUAUUCUCAUGUCACAUGCAUUAUGCGUUAAAAUUGCUGAUUUUGGAUUGGCACGAUUAAUUCGAGAACAUGAAUAUGAAGCACGUGUUGGUGCACGUUUUCCUAUUAAAUGGACAGCUCCAGAAGCAGCAAACUAUAAUCGUUUUACAGUUAAAUCAGAUGUUUGGAGUUUUGGAAUAUUACUUAUCGAACUUGUUACUUAUGGUCGAUUACCCUACCCGGGUAUGACAAAUGCAGAAGUAUUGCAACAGGUGGAUAAUGGUUAUCGGAUGGCCUGUCCGACAGGUUGUCCGGCGGCUCUCUACGAUAUUAUGUUGCAGUGCUGGCAUAAGGAACCCGAAAAAAGGCCUACAUUUGAGACAUUACAGUGGAAAUUGGAAGAUUUAUUCACCACCGAUCCAACAGAAUAUAAAGAAGCUGCGAUGGCUUAUUAA